AAUUUCACAAUUAUCUAACAAAUAUAUUAAUAUUUUAUCUUUAAAAUCAAAAUGUCACAAACCACCACAGGCUUAGUUCAAUUAAUCAGUAACGCUUUAUGCCAUCUCAGAACCUCAACCAACUGGAAUGCUGACCACAGUCAAGAUAACUGUGUUUUAAACUAUACCAAUGAUAAAUCAACUACUAGAGACGGUGCUGAAGCUUGGUGUGCCUCAAUUUUAAAUACUGACCAAUAUAUUGUUGCUGGUUGUGAAAACCCACGUACUUUUGUUGCUGUUGCUCUCCAAGGUCGUGGUGAUCUUGAUCAAUGGGUUACCUCAUACAAAAUCCGUUACUCCUUAGAUAAUGUUACCUGGAGUGAAUAUAGAAACGGUGCCGCAAUUCAAGGUUGUGCCGAUCGUAAUACUGUUAACACUCAUUACUUUGAUACUCCAAUCAGAGCUCGUUCAAUUGCUAUUCACCCACUCUCCUGGAAUACCCACAUUUCAUUAAGAUGUGAAUUCUACACCAAACCAGUCCUUACUGCUUUCACUCAAGUUGGUCAAGUUAACAGUGGUAAUAACACCCCAAUGUUAUCAGGUAGUGGUGACCGUAAUGUUGUUGUUCCAGUUACAUUCCCAGUCGAAUUCAGCAAAGUCCCAGAUAUUGCUCUUAAUCUCCAAUACAUUGAUUGUACUGCUGAUUCAAAUAACCAAGUUAGAGUUAAAGUAGAUCCAAAGAAUAUAACUACCAAAGGUUUCGAUGCUGUAUUCGCUACAUGGAGUGAUUCAAAAGCCUACAGAUUAAUCGCUGAUUACUCUGCCACCGUUUUAGAAUAAACCUUUUAAAUUGGUUCAACAAAUUUGUUUUAUUAAAAAAAAAAAAAAUAAAGUUAUAUCAUAAUAAACACUUGUUUAUUUAAAAAUAU